AUGACAACAUGUCUUGUUUCUUCAUCAUCACCAACUGGUAGUAAUCGUCGUAUUGAACUUGCUGGAAUUGCUUUAUGGACUAUUGCACAUGUUGACAAAAUAUUCGUGUAUCCUACAGAAUUAAAUAUCGAUCGAUUCAAGGAAUCACUUGGACGUACGCUUUCAAUAUGGCCUAUUAUGGCAGGUCAUUUUCUAGUACGUGAUGAUGAUCGCUAUGCUAUUGAAAUGUCGGAUAAUACAAUUCCUGUUUAG